UACCAUUAAAUUUUGGUUACAAUGUAAUAGAUAUAGGGUGAUUAUAAUUAUACAAUAAACCCACCAGUACCAUUACCACCACCACCACCACCACCGCACCACCCAAACGAAAAUAACAUUGACCCAUUUUUAUAUAAUUGGCAUUUUUUUUUUGCAUUGUUAUCACCAAAACCAAUAUAUACAACAAACACUUCCUAUAUGUCACACGAUUGUAUGUGUGUGUGUGUGUGUGUAUUUAUCACACACUUACACAAUAGUUUGACAGUGAAGAAUAGAAAAAGAAAAAUAGAAAAUAGAAACAAAAAAAUAAUCGAAAUUGUUCCGGUUCGAAUGUUUUUGAUGAUUCUUCAAUAUAUUACUAUAGCUUGUUUGAAUGUGUGUGUGUAGAUCGUUCUAACUAACUAUAAUAAGAUAUAGUUUGAAAGAAAAGAAAAAAAAAAGACAGGUUAGUGUGUGUUUUUUCUUUUUGUUUGCAAACUAGAUUUUAUUUUCUGUACAUUAUUACCAUUUGGUUGUCGAAGAUCGAAAAAAAGAAUGGAAUAUGUCACAUUCGAUUCAAAAUAUUCGAUUUGAUCAUUUGAUUUUCUCCAAAAGUAUCUCGAGCAUAUUGUUUUUUCGUUUUUUUUUUUGGAAUUCAACGGGAACAUCAUGUAUGGUUACGGCAUCAAUCUGGUGAUUAUAAUAGUGUUUUUUAUCGAAGCUUCCUGUGAAAAAUCUGAACCAUAUCGAAUCAAUACAAAAGAUUUGAAUAAAUUUUUCAACAUCAAAUACAAUGGCAGUAGCAACGUUGUUCGUGAUGAUGAUUAUACAAUGGUUCGUUUGGAUCAAUCGAAUAAUGACAAUGGUCGGAUGACGAAACAAACGGAUAAUGAUUCAAUUAAUCAACGAAAAGGAUUUCAACGAAAAAAUAUUGAAACAAUUCCUGACUAUUUAGACUUGAAUUUGGUUUCAAAUUCGAAUCUUGACCACAAUAGUAAAAAUAGACAUUCAAAUGAUCGUUGUCGAUGUGUUUGUGAUACGGAUCGAUUUGAAUCAUUUGAAUUUUUAUUACCGGAAAUAAUAAAUUUGAAAAUGUUACGAAAUAUUACUAAAUAUGCACCGAAUUCAAAUCAUUUACAACGGCUUUUCAAUAGUUUCAUAAUCGAUGAACAUAACGUGAAACGACCAAAAACGACAUCAAAUCCGGCAAUAAUUAUGACGACAACGACUAGACAACCAGAAGUAUUGUCACCACCAUCAUUGUUCAGUACAUCCACCAGUCAACCGUUGAUCACUAGUCCUGUCCGAUGGCAACGACGUGCAUUCAAAUUAGGUAUACCAUUUCUAGCUACAGCUAUGUUGACCAAAAUAUUUGGCCACAAUUAUUCAUUACGACGAUCAUCACCGAAAGCAAAACGAUUCGAUGAAAAUCAAUGGUCAUUACCGCCGAAAUCAGAUGAAGGUGAAAAUAUUCAAACUGAAAAUCUCCUAUAUUGGCCUGGAUUCAUUGAUGUUAGACCAAUCGUAUUGAAUUCUGAUGAUAUUCAAUGGUCAUCACCAUCGCCACUUGCAUCAUCACAAUUCAUACAAAGACGAAAAGAUACAUGUCAUAGUCAACAACAACAUUACUAUGAUUAUGAUAGACGAUAAUGUUACAAAUUAUUUAUUUAUUUAUUAACAAUUAUUAGGCAUGUAUGGUUUUUUUCAUCUUGAU